GGCCCGGGUCUCCUGGAGAGGACCAUGGCGGGGGAUGCAGGCGUUCGCAGUUGCACCGACUCGGAGCUGCUGCUGCACCCGGAGCUGCUGUCCCAGGAGUUCUUGCUCCUCACGCUCGAGCAGAAGAACAUAGCUGUUGAAAAUGAUGUAAGAAUAAACAAGGACGAUCUUACUGAUCUUUAUGUCCAGCACGCAAUACCGUUGCCUCGGAGAGAAUUGCCAAAGAACCGAUGGGGGAAAAUGAUGGAAAAGAAGAGAGAACAGCAUGAGAUAAAAAAUGAUACUAAAAGGAACAGCACUGUGGAUGGGUUAAGGAAAAGACCCCUGAUUGUAUUUGAUGGCAGUUCAACCAGUACAAGUAUAAAAGUGAAAAAGACUGAGAAUGGAGAUAACGACCGACUCAGACCCCCUCCUCAAGCAAACUUUACCAAUAAUGCCUUUCGAAAACUGGUCAAUUCCUCCUCAUCCUCAAUUUUGUCUUCCAAUUUGCCUAUGAACAAUAAGAUGGAACAUGAUAAUGACAGUAGACAGAACCAUGACUUAACACAUAGGAAAAGUCCAUCAGGCCCUGUAAAGUCGCCACCUUUGUCCCCAGUUGGAACGACUCCAGUGAAGUUGAAGAGAGUGGCUCCGAAAGAGGAAGCCGAGACAGUGAGCAACCUGAAGCCCCCAGAAGCUAAGAGGAAGAUACAGCAUGUUACAUGGCCAUGAAGGAAAGUUUCUAAAAGUGUAUAUAUAUGUAUAUGUAUAGUAUAUAUAUGCAUAUAUAUAAUUGUAGUUUUUCAGACAAAUUCAUAUAUACUAACAGUAUUUACAAAUAUCUUGAUUUUGGUGGAAUUUUCUUAAGUGUAAAAUUAGGCCCCAAAAGUUUUCCUUUACUUGCUCUUUUUAUCUCCCCCCAAUACUCAUCUUUUCUGCCCUGAUCUAGAAUUUAUUUUGUAAACAAACGGCUGCAAGUAUAAUAUAAGCAGUGUUUUUCAACCUUUUUGUGCAAAGGCACACUUUUUUCAUGAAAAAAAUAAUCACCAGGCACACCACCAUUAGAAAAUGUUAAAAAAAAAUUAACUUUGUGCCUAUAUUGACUAUAUUUAAAGUAAUUCUCUUGAAUAAGAAUAAAAUAAACACAAAGAAAUUAUUUUAUAAUUACUUUAUAAUGAAAUAAUCUAAUGAUUGGUCUAUUUGUGAGCCGAAGCCGCAUGUUACGGAUGAAAUUGGAAUUUUUCCCACGGCACACCAGACAAUAUCUCACGGAACACUAGUGUGCUGCGGCACAGUGGUUGAAAAACGCUGGUGUAAAACACCCAGUGAAUUUUAGGAAUUUUCAUUAGUCAGCUUCAGUCAUUAGGGGAGAUUUGAGAUUUUCUUUUAAACUCAAGUUUUUAGCAGUUCACAAUUUUUACGUUCCUGUAUUAGUUUAUAAUCUAACACUUCAUGGUUAGAUUUAGUAUUUUAGUAGGUGUGGCCCCACUGACCCUAACGGUGUACCAAGAAAGGUUGUUUGUAGUACAGGCAGAAAAAUGAUCGAAAAUACACAAAGUUGCUGUGCUUUAAUUGCUUCCAUUGCUUCCCAUCAGAACCAAAAGGGAAGUCAUCUGCUUCUUUUGGCCUCCUUCAACUCUUAACAGAAUUGUUUUUUGAGGGCCAGAGCUGCGGUGGCACAGCGGUAGGGCAUUUGCCUUGCUGACCUAGGACUGACCACUGUUCAAUGUUGUCCAUAUUGUCCCCCAAGCCAGGAGUGAUUUCUGAGUGCAUAGCCAGGAGUAACCCCUGAGUGUCAGUGGGUGUGACUGAAAAAAAAGUGGUUUUUGAGCUGAUUGGUUAGUUUUGUACUUGGCCUGUCCUAUUCUUUUUCCAUGGAGUUGCCUCUGAGCAUCUGUGAUCUUACUCUGUGAUCUUGGGUCUCCUUCCUAGGAGCUUAAUAUAUAAAAAAUGAAGCUGAUAUAAAAUUGUCAGGUAAGGUAAUCAUUAUCAAAGUUAAUAAGUAUUGGCUGAAAGUUGAGGGUAGGAAGAGGAGGGUAGAAUUUUGAGACAGAGUUCAGAAAGUAGAAUCAUCAAGCAGGGAAACUGGAUGUGGCCUGAGGUGAGAGGUGCUGUGGGGCUGAUUCUCUCCAGUAGUAAAGGCCAGAGCUCCCUUGAGGGCUGUUGUUCCUGCUGAGGAUACUUUGGGUCAUGCUACCACACUGCAUCCACUCUGGUGCCUGCAGUUUUGUCCUAGAGGUAUUAUCAUUCCAGCCAUGUAUUGGAAGAUGUUUCCCUGGGAAAUAAGGUAUCCCUGACAUUCUUGAGUUCUGUCUUUCUGCUCUUUGUUCUAACCAAGUACAGAGGAUACUUUAUGCCUUGUGUGAUGGAUUUUCAAGUUGGGGUUUGCCUUUUUAGUAGUUUAGAGGAGUCUUAGAUCCUCUUUUGAUUUGUUAAAACAGCAUGUAGGCCAUGGUUGUAGCUUAGUGGUAGGAUGCAGUCUUUGCAUGCAUCAGGCUGUGGGGUCAGUCCCUAACCCUCAAACCCCCCUAAAAAACCAACAAAAAAAGCACCCAACAUUUUCAUUUGCUAUUGAAUAGCUUUGCAAAAAACUCAUUCAGCCUUGCAGGUAAGUACUAUAUAUUGUAUUAAAAAUUUAAUCCUAUAGAUCAUAUAGCUUUAAGCCAUUAUGCCUUUAUUCAGACUAUAAAUCUGUAUAUAUAAGACAAAAUGGAUACCUAAUAAAUAUUACAUCAAUUGUAAUUUGUCAAUUUGUAAUGUCAAUUUGUAAAUAUGUAGUUAUUUGCAGGGCUGAUGUAUGUAAUACUGUUGAAGGACACUGUGAUUCUAUAUGUAACUAUGUUAAGAGAUGUUUUUUGAAGUGCAGAUUUUUGGGUUGGAAUGAUGAGUUCUAUUUUAUAUUUAUAUUCAGUUGUCCCCUCUGCAUUCAUCUGUAUUUUCUCUCUUAGUUUAGGGAGAGGUUAACCAUUUGACAAUUCUUAAGUCAGUGGAGACUUAUUUUUAGUUACUCAAAAUUAAUUUUUAAUUUGUAUCUUUAACUACAGAGUAGGUUGAUAAUAACAGCUGAACUGUGUAACAUUGUUGCUUCAAAUUGAAGUUUAUCACAAACAUUCAGAAUCAGUACUCAUAUAGCAGCAUAUUACUGAGUGAGCUAUUUUGAGUUUGAGGUGUGGAGCAGUGAGAAAGUGUACCAUGUAUAUCAUGACCCUGGGGUGUUGUGUUUUCUCCUGGUAUAUAGAUAUCCCUCAUGUUUCUCAGUAUAGCUGGGAAUCUGAAUAGUAAUGAGGGAAUCUCACAUGAUGAUGUGGCUUUGGUAUUCUUAUAAAGUUUAGAAGGACUUGACUGGAAAGGUGAAAAUUUUGAAAUACUACUUCUUAC